AUGACAGAGUAUCGAAGGCCUCAGCAGAACUAUGCGAACUCAAAUCAGCGAAACUACUCGACCCAGCACCACGCGAAUCAGUACAACUAUGCGAACCAGCAUGACGCGAACCAUCAGAGCGAAUGCAGGGAAGCAGAGACGCGCGGCAUAAACGGGUGUACGAAAAAACAUCACAAGUCGCUACACCUCGAACCGAAGCCGGAAGAAAACAUCAACACCAAGGCUCAAAAGUAUGUCGAACGGCAACGCAAUCUCAACGAGAAGGAACGACUGCGCAGAUUGGAGGAAGACACAAUCCGUCGGGCCGAAGACACGAUCCGCCGGUUGGAGGCGGCACGUCAACAACAAGCUGUCGAAGAAGCGCGCCGUCGCGACGAAGAAGAACAUGAUCGUCGCAAAGAAGAGGCUCGCCAGGAGUUUGAUGAAAGUAAUGCGAAGUGUGGGAGGUCGGUGAAACAGCGUGACAAUGAUUUUGAUAACAGUGAGGAGCCAUCGGAGUUGCGGCAAAUGUUCGAACCGAUCGAUAAUUCUCAGGUACUGAACACGGACAAGGAGGCAGAGGAACAUCAACCCUCCAAGAGUAGUUACGAUGACCAAAGUAAUGCGUCGAACCAGUUGCGCCAAAAACGUGUACGCAAAAAAUCGAGCACAGCAGCAGCGAAAAGGAGUGCAUCGGUCACUUAUAGUGACGAAUUGUUGGAAGUGAAUCACGAAGCUGAACCAUCGGUGGCAGCCGUUGUAGCGGAAGACGAGAAGGACGAAACGAUUGGGUGUGUUAGCGGACGACGGCAGGGCAGUAAAGAAUCAACCGCCGAAGCAAGUGCCUUCACGACAAUGUACGAGAUCAAGGAGAACGGUGACCUAAACUUGAAAGGUGAAGUAGGCGAUCAGCGAUUGAAGCAGAUGGAGAAACUGGACAUCGGCUCGUUCCUGAUGUGUCUCGCGAAGCUGUUCAAGCCGUUGCAGAAGCAGCAACAGCCAUCGCCGGGAUUACAGCAACCAUCGCGGCUGCGCCACACGGGCGAGAACCAGAGAG